UGGCAGCAUACAGAUGGGUGGAUUAUUGAUUCUAGAAAACAUUUGCAACGGGCCAAAUACUAAAUAGUGUGUUGAAGUGAUUUGGGCAGGACAAGCCAACUCAGACGACCUGAACGCGACAUUGGUUAUAAAUUAGUUAAGCUGCAGCAUUCGUCCGCGACAGACACACUGACAGGAGAUGUAAAUACGCGAAUUCGGGCCAGGCGCAUAGUUACUUCACUAAGCAUCCACGCAAGUUGCGUACACUCGAUAUUCACUGAAUUUACCCGCAGGGGUUUGUACGUCUUCACGCUCCUUCUGGAGGAACUUGAGCUGCUGUGAGACAAGAAAAAGAAGAUGCUGCUGCAGGUGGGAGGACGGCACUCUGCCCUGGGGCUGCUGGCCAUCAGGAGGGUGUGGAAUUUGACCCGCUGUGCCCACACCGCACCCCAGACCCUCGAGUACAAACCCAUCAAAAAGGUCAUGGUGGCCAACAGAGGUGAGAUUGCGAUCCGGGUGUUUCGGGCAUGUACAGAGCUGGGCAUCCGCACAGUGGCCGUCUACUCUGAGCAGGACACUGGACAGAUGCACAGACAGAAAGCAGACGAAGCUUAUCUCAUUGGGAAGGGGCUGCCACCUGUAGCGGCUUACCUUCAUAUACCAGACAUCAUCAAAGUGGCCAAGGCGAAUGAUGUGGAUGCCAUUCACCCCGGCUAUGGCUUUCUGUCAGAGCGAGCAGAUUUUGCCCAGGCCUGUGUGGAUGCUGGGGUGCGUUUCAUUGGUCCUACCCCAGAUGUGGUUCGCAAGAUGGGGGAUAAAGUUCAGGCCCGAGCCAUUGCCAUCAGCGCUGGAGUGCCGGUGGUUCCUGGGACAGACGCUCCCAUCUCCUGUUUGCAGGAAGCUCAAGAGUUCUCCAACAGCUACGGAUUCCCCAUAAUCUUCAAGGCUGCGUAUGGUGGCGGGGGACGAGGAAUGAGGGUGGUCAGAGAGUAUGAGGAACUAGAAGAGAACUAUCAGCGGGCGUACUCUGAAGCCCUGGCAGCCUUUGGCAAUGGAGCUCUGUUUGUGGAGAAGUUCAUUGAGAAACCCAGACACAUCGAGGUGCAGAUCCUGGGAGAUAAAUAUGGCAAUGUCAUUCACUUGUACGAGAGGGACUGCUCCAUCCAAAGGAGACACCAGAAGGUGGUGGAGAUCGCACCGGCCACACAGCUGGACCCGCACCUCAGAGACAGACUCACUGCUGACUCGGUCAACCUCGCUCGACAGGUUGGUUAUGAGAACGCUGGCACAGUGGAAUUCCUGGUGGAUAAACACGGUAAACAUUACUUCAUCGAGGUCAACUCACGUCUGCAGGUGGAACACACUGUUACAGAGGAGAUCACAGAUGUGGAUCUGGUACACGCUCAGCUGAGAGUGUGUGAAGGUCGCAGUCUGACCGAGCUGGGACUGAAGCAGGACAAGAUACGGAUCAAUGGAUAUGCCAUCCAGUGCCGUGUGACCACAGAGGACCCGGCACGUGGCUUCCAGCCAGACACGGGAAGACUGGAGGUCUUUCGCAGUGGAGAGGGCAUGGGUAUCAGGCUGGACAGCGCGUCUGCCUUCCAGGGGGCCGUCAUCUCCCCUCAUUACGAUUCCCUCCUGGUGAAAGUCAUCGCCAGUGGAAAGGAUCUGCCGGCGGCCUCUGCCAAAAUGAGCCGAGCAUUAGCGGAGUUCCGCGUCCGUGGGGUCAAGACAAACAUCCCCUUCCUGCAGAAUGUGCUGAGCAAUAAUCAGUUCCUGAAUGGGACGGUGGAUACUCAGUUCAUCGACGAGAAUUCAGAUCUGUUCAAUCUCAAACCGGUGCAGAACCGAGCCCAGAAACUGCUCCACUACUUGGGGCAUGUUAUGGUGAACGGGCCGACUACUCCGAUACCUGUCAAGGCUAAGCCUUCCCCCAUCGAUCCGGUCAUCCCACCAGUACCCCUCGGUGAGCCACCAGUGGGUUUCAGGGAUGUGUUGUUGAGAGAGGGUCCAGAUGGUUUUGCGAAGGCGGUUCGUGCCCACCAGGGUCUGCUGCUUAUGGACACUACGUUCAGAGACGCCCACCAGUCCCUCCUGGCCACUCGCGUUCGCACUCACGACCUGAAACGCAUCGCACCGUUUGUGGCACACAGCUUCAACAACCUCUUCAGCGUGGAGAAUUGGGGCGGCGCUACGUUUGAUGUGGCAAUGCGUUUCCUGUGCGAGUGUCCCUGGAAAAGGCUGCAAGAGUUGAGGGCUCUGAUGCCAAAUGUGCCUUUUCAGAUGCUUCUGAGAGGUGCCAAUGCUGUUGGAUACACCAACUACCCGGAUAAUGCCGUCUUCAAGUUCUGUGAGGUGGCCAAAGAAAACGGUAUGGACAUCUUCCGUGUGUUCGACUCUCUAAACUAUCUCCCCAACAUGCUCUUGGGGAUGGAGGCAGCAGGUACAGCAGGGGGAGUGGUGGAGGCAGCCAUCUCGUACACUGGUGACGUUUCCGACCCCACGAGGCAGAAAUAUUCUCUAGACUACUACCUGAAACUAGCAGAUGAGCUGGUCAAGGCUGGAACACACAUCCUUUGCAUCAAGGACAUGGCUGGUCUCCUAAAACCAGACUCUGGCCGUUUGCUGGUCGGUGCACUGAGGGACCGUUUCCCUGAUGUGCCGAUCCAUGUGCACACUCACGAUACCGCAGGGGCUGGAGUGGCUGCCAUGCUGGCCUGCGCAGAAGCCGGAGCAGACAUUGUGGAUGUGGCGGUGGACUCCAUGGCGGGAAUGACAUCCCAACCCAGCAUGGGUGCCGUUGUGGCAUGUACUAAAGGCACCAAACUCAAUACUGGAAUCUCUCUCGAGAAGGUCUUUGACUACAGUGAGUAUUGGGAAGUGACCCGGGGCCUUUAUGCUCCGUUUGACUGCACUGCCACCAUGAAGUCUGGGAAUGCUGAUGUCUAUGAGAACGAGAUCCCAGGUGGCCAGUACACCAAUCUCCACUUUCAAGCACACAGUAUGGGGCUGGGCAACAAGUUUAAAGAGGUGAAGAAAUCCUACACGGAAGCCAACAAGCUGCUCGGUGACCUCAUCAAAGUGACGCCCUCCUCUAAGAUUGUGGGUGAUCUGGCGCAGUUCAUGGUGCAGAACUCUCUGACUCGGGCGGAGGUGGAGGAAAGGGCGGAUGAGCUGUCGUUCCCUCUAUCUGUGGUGGAAUUUCUGCAAGGACACAUCGGCAUCCCUCAUGGAGGCUUUCCAGAGCCCUUCAGGACAAAGGUUUUGAAGUCUCUUCCCCGUGUCGAAGGACGUCCUGGAGCCUCUCUGCCUGCCAUGGAUUUCCAGGCCUUGGAGAAGCAGCUGAAAGAUGCUCACGGUGACGAAAUCACUCCAGAGGAUGUGAUGUCAGCAGCCAUGUAUCCCAAAGUAUUUCAGGAGUUCAAGGAUUUUACUAGAACCUUUGGGCCUGUGGACUGUUUGGAUACCAGACUCUUCCUAGAUGGACCAAAAAUUGCUGAAGAGUUUGAGGUGGAGCUGGAGCGAGGAAAGACGCUUCACAUCAAGGCUCUGGCUCUUGGAGAUCUUAAUAAAGCGGGGCAGAGAGAGGUGUUCUUUGAGCUCAACGGUCAGCUGAGAUCUGUUCUGGUCAAAGACACAGUGGCCAUGAAGGAGAUGCAUUUCCACCCUAAAGCCCUAAAGGACGUUCGUGGUCAGAUUGGAGCCCCUAUGCCCGGUAAGGUGGUGGAAGUGAAAGUGAAGCAAGGGCAGAAAGUGGAGAAAGGACAGCCGCUCUGCGUGCUCAGCGCCAUGAAGAUGGAAACAGUGGUCAACUCUCCCAUCUCCGGCACCGUAGCCAAGAUCUACGUGACCGCCGACAGCACUCUUGAAGGAGAUGAUCUUAUUCUGGAGAUCACAGAGUAGAUAUCACGAAGGCCAACAGCAGGGAACAUAACACAUCCCCACUGCCAAUCCCUGCACGGCUAAACACACACACACGCACACAUGGAGCCUGACAGUAGAAGCUGUAGCAGUAGUACAAGCACAGAUUACAAAUUACAGAUAUUUUUACAGGAUCUCAAAGAACAACACACAAAUCUGCACAUGUCAAGUGUAAAUUCUUUGGCUUUAGUGUCAUGUGCUUUCGUGAUCUUCAAUUGCAUUUUUUAAUUAGUACGUGACGAGAAUGUGAGCUAGUGUUGUUUUGUUAACAGAAAUCUUUUAUUAGUAUUAAUGAAUGUAGUGGAAACUAAACGAUUUACAUUGAAAACAUAUAGAUAGCAAGCAAUAAAUAAAUGAAUGAGAGAAUGAGUCUUAAUUAGAUGCAUUCCUAGCUACAUUAAAUAUCGCACACAGAUGUUACAUCGCUUUCGUCAUGAUCGUUUACAUUAACUUAAAACAUUAAAACUGAAAAAAAAAAUCAUGUGCACAAUCCCUUACUGCUUAGUCUUAUGGCACAGAGUAUCUUACUUGAAUUACCAAGCAAUUCUUUUCAAGACAAAUUGUCACACAUACCCAAUGUUUUGACCAAUGGCCUUGCCUGCUUUGUUGCUAGGAAAAUAAGGGCAGGAAUGGAAUUGAUCUAGUCUCCAGAGUCUUCUACUUGAGUUUGUGUAAAGGUGGAGAACGGUUACCCAGGUGGUUUGGGCUGAAGAGAGCUCCAUUGAGGCCAACAGGGAUCGAUGGCUCUAUAUUCAAGAGCACUUACAGACUCCGGGGCGCAUUGAGUAAGAACGCAGGCUUUAGGGGAACGUCCUUUUUCCCAAGGCUCAUCUUGUGCUUGUGUUCCAAUUUCUUUCCUAAUGUGGAUUUAUUUCACUGUCCUGUUACAUUCCCCUUAGCUGCGGAUGCCUCAUGGCUGCUGUAGUGACACCGAAUGGCUGUAUUUCUCUAAUUUCCCUUGUUGAACACGAAUGAUAUAAUUCGUAACAGAUAAUGAGGUUUUAUUCAACAGCGUUCGAGUAAUUGAAAGCACUCAGCCUGAAAUCUACGAGACGCACGACUGUUGCGCCAAAAGAGGUCCGCCGGGGUGCGUCUCGAAUGGUUUGAACAGUCUCGACUCUAAGUAGACCAAUUCUUCAUGAGGACCAAUAGCCUGAAGCGUAGAUAUUUUCUUGUCGUUUAUCAUAACAUCCCAAGGAAGCGACUAGGGUGUCUUGUUUUAAUUGUGUGAUUCGUACAGACCCAUACUGUAAAUGAGCUGGGCGUCUCUUUAAAUAGAUGUUGGCAAUUACAAUGGAGCAAUUGUUCUUUAUAUGUGGAUGUUAAAGCACAAAACUUGGAUUUCAGGACAAUCCAUCUCAUCACCGCAGUCAUGUUUGAGAUGGAGAAACACAUUGUUUCUAUUGUUUCAGUUGUCACACAGA